AUGAAAAAGUACAUUGGCCGACAGCUGCGGCCAUCGCAGCUCGCCGCGGAGCUGCUGCCGCCUGACCAAAUGUGGUGCACGGUGUGUCACCAAGCCGUCGAGCGACGGCGCUUCCGUGAGCACGCCGCUAUGCUGGGCCACCGACUUGGCCGGAAGAAGAUGAACAAGCUGAAGUACGUGUCGCUCAGCAUGUGGGAGCGGCACCGCGGUGCCUCCCUAGACAAUGAAAGUGCGCAUGAGGGCAGCAUCGAACACGAGUUUGCGCGCUAUCAAGCCGAUCAGCGUCGCCGUGAGCAGAUGUCGGUGGAGGCGGCGUGGGACCCAUCGCGUCCACCGCCGCGCGGAGAUUUGUUUUAG